AUGUCGCACGCGAGAAAGCGACAAAAAAGAAUACUACAUUGUUUUGAAGAGAAUAACGGACUUCCGAACAACGAUAUUCUUUUUAUUUUUCAGUCAGCGGACCUCGCUCGUGCGAGAAACAUAGUAAUUUGGAACAAAUGGUUCCUGAAUUUUUUGGGCGUAUGGCCGGCCAAGGUGAAUCAGCCUGUAUUCCUGCUGGUCUCUACGUAUAUGAUAAUUUAUUAUGCCAUGGCGGUGAACCACCUGAUCCAGAAUUUCGGCAAUCUGGCACUUAUGGUGGCAAACUUAACGGAUAACGUUCUCAUUUUUAUGAUACUGGGAAAGAUCGCCAUAUGCAGACGGAGCAGCAACACGAUGACCACGUUUCUGGAGAGCAUAGAAACCGAUUUCACAACAGAGAUGUACAACAAUGUGCGGGAGAAAAUGGCGUAUCUGCAUUACAACAAGGUCGCACUGAUAUUCAUAAGGUUUUCGUUGUCCUUGGGGGCAUUUACUGCUGAGGCGUAUUAUCUCAAAAAGCUUCCCGAACAUUGGGACUCAAUGAUGUCCGGUAAUUUUACGUAUGAUGAAUUACCAUAUCCGGUUCAUCCCUUCUUUGAGAUCAAGGACACAACUACGUACAUAUGCAUCUGUCUCUACCUAGCGGUAAUGGUACCAAUAAUAUUAUGCGGUUACGGUGCAACGGAUGUUUUCCUGAUCAGCAUGGCUUUUCAUAUGUGCGGUCAGUUUGCCGCUUUAUCAUGCAAAAUCAACAAUUUGCUAAAAGAUCAUGAGAACUACCAUCGCCACAUCAGCAGCAUCAUAUUGAGACAUUACCACUUAAUAAGAUUAGUAGAGAUCUUGGAGAAUAGUUUCAACAUGAUAUGCCUACAGCAAACUUUGGGCACUGUAUUACUACUCUGUUUAACUUUGUAUCAUACGAUAUCGACUUCGGAAUAUGAUACUAACAGUGCUACUAAAUCUAACAUUGUAGUUUUCAUAUUAUAUUAUUUAUCCGUAUUUAGUACAAUUUUUGCUUAUUGCUACACAGGCGAGUGUCUUAUUAUUGAGAGCGCAGGAUUGAGUGAAACAUUUUAUAAUACCGAUUGGUACAAUAAUUCGCCAUCGCAUACAAAGUUAAUUGUUAUUUGUAUGAUUCGAGCUGAUAGACCAAUGAUGUUGACUGCCGGAAAAUUCUGCGCGUUAUCAUUGAACAUGUUUGUCAGUAUUGUGAAAACAUCGAUGGCAUAUCUGUCUAUGUUACGUCAGUUUGUAUAAAAAAAAUUUUUGAAAUAUUUCAUCAAAAUUUACUUGCAAAACAUUUAUAAAUAACCGGAUAAUUAUAAUUUAUUAUACCGUAAUUAUUAUAAUUUAUAAACUUAUCAAUUCCAAAUAUGUCUCGAUGAUAAUACGUAUAGCAACCGAAUAUACUAUUCAUAAAAGAUCAUAAUAAACUUAAAUUUGUUAAGUUUUAUGUAGAAUAACAAAUAAAUACUAAACUAUAAAAAAUUUCCAGAGAGUAAUAUGAUUGGAUAUCCUAUCAAAAAGUGACAAAUGAAUAUUUAGAUCAAAUUAAAACCCGAUCACGUUUUAUUAGGAAUAAAAUUAUCAGCAGUUUCACCGGUUAUUUGUUUAAGAUAGGCUCUCUCUGAAGCAACACAUUGUUGAGCACGUGUUUCCAAUCUCUUUACAGCGUUAAAAUGUCUUUUGCGGAAUCUUCUUUAGCUGGUCGGUCAUUGUCUUUUGAAUGUCCUCUUUUUAUCAAAGGCCUGUUCUUUUUCGCUGCACUGCUGCACUAAGUCAGAAUGAGAAAAAUAUAUUUGUCUUACUCUACCCUGUUGCAUCAGUGCAGCAGUGUAGCAAAAAAGAACAAGUCACAGGUGUGUUGGAGCGUCUGCUUACCCGCAUUCGACGAAUUCAUGUCGACCUUUACCAUUUUUGUGAUUCCUUCUGCACGAUAACGCCACGGUUUAUUUGGCAGCAACAAUUUGUCAGUUUUUGGCUCAAAAACACAAUUGAGGAUAUUCGAAAAGCAGUGACUGGCCAGAGGAAGAUUUCCUCAAAAUACUUUUCUAAUGCCAUGAAAAAGUUGAAAACACGUGCUGAUCAAUGUAUCGCUUCAAAGAAAGCUUAUUUUGGGUAAAUAACUAUUGAAACUGCGUCUGCUAUUGUUUACUUCUUUUUUGGUUUAAGUCCAGGAACUUAUGGAUCGGACUGCGUAUGUUAUACAAAGGAUUGGACUUUUACAUAAAAUACAAGCUAAAUUAGAAAACUAUUUUGUUGACGCAAAAAAUAUAUUUCUUUUAACAUAUUAUAUAAUAAUAUUAUAUAAUAUCUAUUGGAAACAACGUCAAUGGCCGUGAAAGCUUUAAGUCUAAAAUAAUAUUAUAUAAUAAUCUUAAUAAAUGUGAUUGUUUGAAACAUUUCUUGGCAUAUAAUUAUAUUGAAAAUUGAUUAUCUAGACGGCGAUUUAUCCUUCUUAUAAAAGUUCUGUAAAAAAAUAAAAA